CUCUUUGUUUAAAGCCAUUUGGGAGCAGGAGGAGGACGAGGAGGUCCUUCAUCUGUACAGGAGAUCAUCUCAUCUCCUCCGUGAUCUUCAGUUCAGGGUGAAGACGGAGACUAGAUGAGGAGACGCGGAGACGACACUGCCAGCGUCCCCCUCUCUUCUCCGACAGGGAGCAGCAGUGUCCAGAUCCACCAUGAGCUGGUGGCUUUCAGGAGGAAUCCUGGGAACGGUCCUGCUAUGGAAAACAGCUCUCACACCAGGAGAGAGUUGCUCGCCAGUCAAGGUGGUGCUUCAGAGGUUAACCUGGUAGAUGAGAGCGUUCUCAGGAAGUCCUUUAUAGUGAUGGAUUCCAGCAGCCAGGUCCCCUCAGGACCAGAGGACAACACGGAUCCACACGAGUCCCUGACCGAGUCCUCAACCAUCACCUUUGUGGAUGCCUACACCACCGAUGAGUCCGUGGAGAACCACAGUGUUCAAGGGUUGGGGACCACGUGUUUGAGAGAGUUUGUGUUGAUAGAUGAUGAUGGGGAUGGGGACAUGUCUCUGAGGGAGAAGACAGUAACGGAUCUAUCUGCCAUGGAUGGGAAGGCGGCUGACCUGGUGUGUGGGAGGCUGCUGUCCACCUCUAGCGGCUCGCUGUCGGAGACUAAAGAAGAAGCUUCAGCUCAUGAAGCAGCUCCUCCUGAACAAGGUGGAGCUGCUCCCAGAAGCAAAAGCUGCUGCUUCUGCAGCGUGUUGUGACCCGACCAGAAGGAGGCCUCUGUCAGUGUCUCAGGUAAACUCAUCAGAGGAAAAGACUACUGCAAACCGUCAACCUCAAGUGUGUCCUGCUGCUCUGAGUCUGAUUUAUUUCAACUGAAAACAUGUCGAGAAAAUCUGAUGAAGAAAAAGCGCUGAAAGAACAGCUGCUGACAUCAAAUAAAGACAACUUUUUUACUAAUAAUGUUUGCUCAUAGACUGGCUUCAUUUAUAGAACGAUAAACUAGCGUAGCCUUGAGUCAUGAAACUCGUGAUUAUUUCAUUGUGCAGCACUGACCCUCAAACAUGAUGGAAUACCAUUUUUUUACGCUCAUGUCGCAAAACAUGUUUUAUUAAAAGCCCCUCGUUGGCACUACAGGUCUAGCAUUCAGCCUCCUAUCACGUAGUGUCAGACUGAUGUCUUAAGUGGAGCUACAGAUAUUUAAAUCCUGAAAAGGUGAUGAAAUUCAUCAGGACUCACGUCAUAGAUUAUCUGUUGGCAGGGCCGGCCCAAGCCUUUGUGGGGCCUUAAGCAGGUUUCUUUUGGGGGGCCCCCAUACCAACAGGUCAACACCAGAUGAUUCAUCAUUCUUAGGUUACACAAUUUGUCUAACAUACCAUUAGCGUCUUUUGUAAUUAGCGUAUAGCUUACAAGUGUUAUUAUGGUUAUUGAUUUUAACUUUACGGGAGUAGAAAACCAGCAAAAAAUAUUUUAAUUAGCAUUUUGAAAUGCAGAGCGUUAUUUAAGUGUGGUAUGUUUAUUAACGUCUUUGAAUAUAACAUCAGCAGACAAACACUGAAUUUACAGUAAAAAUGGUAAGUUUACGAAUUUUUGUUUUUCAAAUUUGAAAUGUUUAAAAUGUGCUGAACUACAAAAUAAAACCAAAUCACACUACAUAAAAUAAUAUCAAUUAUUUUUUCAUGUGAAAUAUUUAGUUUGUAUUAUUCAAAGUUAUUUAGACAUUUUUUCUUCACCUUAUCUAGUGGGGUUUAUGUCACAUGGUGCAAAUAAUAAAAAGUAAUAAUACAUUUCAAUAAGAAAAAUAAAAAUUGUAAAAACAACAAAUAAAAAUUAUAACAGAGUUGCACCGUUGCCUCAAAGCAAGAAAGUUGCUGGUUUAAAUCCCAGCUGCAGUUUUUUUGUGUGGCGUUGGCAUGUUCUCUCCAUGCAUGCGUGGGUAAUCUGGUGCAAAAACAUGCAUGUUAGGUUGAUUGGAGACUAAACUGUCCCUAGGUGUGUGUGAGUGAGUGUGUAACACGUUGUCUGUAUUUCCCUGUGAUGGACCGGAGCCUGUCCGGGGUGUCCCCCACAUCUCACCAAGGGACAGCUGGUGUUGGACUCCAGCUCCCUGCAGCCCUACUGAGGAUCAAGCAGUUACGAUGAAUGAAUGAAUGAGUAAUUCGAAAUGUUACAGGAGGAGGUAUACAAGCUCGAUCUACGUUCCUACCCUCACCUUUGGUCAUGAGCUUUGGGUAGUGACGGAAAGAAAGAGAUUAUGGACACUGAAAGUUCUCUCCAUAGGGUGGCUGGACUCUUCCUUAGAGAUAAGAUGGGAAGCUUGGUCAUCCGGGAGGAGUUUGGAGUAGAUCCGAUGCUCCUCCACAUCGAGAGGAGCCAGUUGAGGUGGCUUGGGCAUCUGGUCAGGAUGUCUCCUGGCAACACAUUCUCACGCGGUGUUGAAAAAUGAUGCGGUGUGACCAAGCGUUUGUUUCUGACGUGUUGGGAGCCCCUGCGUGUUGGGAGGCGACGUGCUGUGCCAGAGCGUCGGUGUCCGACGCCCGCUGUAAAACGGACAUUUGACCGAAUUGUGACCUUUACCCUCUUGCUAUUUAACCUUCCCCUCACUCCCAUCCUAACCUUAACCAUCUUGCACAUGGAAAGCUUUGUUUCGCGUUUAACCGUUCCUCUCAAACACGCUGGAAAUUUAGACUAACAUACUGGGUUAUGGAUAGGAUGGGGGUGAGGGGAAGGUUAAAUCGCCAGAGGUUAGAAGUGAAAUGUUGGUGAAAUCUCCGUUUUACCACGGGCAUCGGAUACCAACGCUCUGGCACUCUGGCUCCCAGUGCGUCGGAAAAAAAGACUUGGUCACCCCACGUCAUUUUUUGACGCUUAGGUUGUGAGAAUGUGUUGCUUCUGGGUGCCUCCCUGGUGAGGUUUUACAGGCAUGUCCAACUAGGAUGAGACCUAAAUGAAGACCCAGGACACGCUGGAAGGUCUAUAUCUGUCAGCUGGCUGGGGAACACCUGGGAUUUCCCCUAGAGGAACUGGCCCAAGUGGCUGGGAAGAGGGAAGUCUGGGCCUCCCUGCUAAGGAUGCUGCCCCCAUGACUCGACCCCGGAUAAGCGGAAGAGAAGGGAUGGAUGGAUGAAUAGAUGGAUGGAUGGAUGGAUGAGAAACAAAAAGAGAAGAAGAGAGGAGAAUCACAUAGCUUUGGCUCAGUGCCAAGAAGAACUUCUUUUUUAGAACUUUUAGGGAAAACUUGAUCUUCACAACAUAGAAGUUAAUUAUUGGUCCUUUUUUCUCAGGUAGGUGGUUCAGCAUCUUUCAUGAUAGGUUUUAUCUCAUUGUCAAAAGUAUAGUAAUUACAGAAGAAACUAAAACAAACUAGAAUCUGGUGCAAACGUUCAUUUGUCAGUAAUCCAGCUCAGACUGAGAGACCAUCUAAAGGCUCAAGAACCCUUAGCAGGUUUUCUGGAUUCAUCAGUUGAUCAGACUGUGACACUUUGAGUCUAGAAUAUUGAUCCUUUUCACAAUAAUCAGAUUGUCUGAGAUUUUGAAUGUGGGGUUUUCAUCAGCUGUAAGCGUUAAUCAUCACAGUUAUACCUAAUAAAAGCUGAAACAUCUGGAUUUGCAUGGAAUGAGUCUGUAGAUUAGUUUCACCUUUUAAGUUGAAUUCUUGACAUAAAUGAACUUUUGGUCUAUAUUCUCAUUCCUACUGCAUGUGUUUCUGACUCAGGAGGGACGUUUACAUCAAACACGCGAAGCUCCUCCUAACUCAGCUUGUCUCCAUCAGUCACAGCAGCUCCAAUCCAGUGUGCUGCGUUGAUCUUCUGUGUCGGCCAUGUUGAAUCCAGUGGGCUCCAGUGUUGAUCUAUUGUAGAUGUCUUGUUAAAAUGUGUCUAAUGGAUCAUGAGCGGCUUUACAAACGCAGGCAAUCUCACAGCAUCCACAAGUUUGAGUUUUAUUUCACAGAGAAAAGGAAAGCAAAUCCAGACA